AGGAAGAAGAGACUCAAACACGUGUGGUUCAGUUUUUUUGCAGAGUGCGUGUUGUGACCGACCUAACAGGAAUCAACCUGAAAACAACUGACCGCGUACCUAUUAUUAAUCUUGAUCAGAAAUGACGAAGGUGAAGAAGGAGAAGGUCGCUGCGGACGGAGAGGAAGCAGCAGCCGCCGACGGGAACGAGAAGACUUACCAAGAGCUGAUCGCAAAUGUGAAUCCGAUCUCUCAACCGCUGGCCUCCAAAAAGCUCAGCAAGAAACUCUACAAAUGCGUCAAGAAAGCUGCCAAAGUGAAGAACAUCCGCCGAGGCGUCAAAGAGGUCCAGAAGUUUAUCAACAAAGGAGAGAAAGGAAUCGUGGUGCUGGCCGGUGACACGCUGCCCAUCGACGUGUACUGUCACCUUCCGGUCAUGUGCGAGGACCGAAACCUGCCAUACGCUUACAUCCCCUCCAAAGUGGAUCUGGGUUCAUCUGCAGGCUCUAAGAGGCCGACAUGCGUGAUCCUGAUCAAACCUCAUCAGGACUAUCAAGAGGCCUACGACGAGUGUGUGGAGGAGGUGUCCAGCCUCCCCAAACCGCUUUGAGACAACAGUCAAUCAGAGAAAAAGCUCUGAAGUCCCUGCCUUCAAUAGACCCACACUUUAAAGGAGCAGUCCGGCAUUUUAGGCAAUCCUCGUUUCACAUCAGUAGCUCCGACAAAACCCCAAAACGCCUCCCUUUUUCCUAAAAUACCAAUCAGACAGUUGGAGCCGUUGGAAGGUGGAGCCAAUGUGCUAGCAGUCUCUGUGCUAAGCUAGGCUAAACCUCUCCUGGACCAUCUGACUCUGGAGGAGACCAAGAACAAGAGGGUUUUAAUAAACGUCAGUUUGUUUCUGUAAAUAAACAGUGUGUUGUGUUUAAAGGAGGUUCCACUUCCUGUUGAGUGGGUGAUGCUCCGAACUGAUCAGGUCUGAUUAUCUUCACCGAAAAUAUUAAAAUAUUUUUGUCUAUUUUUUCAACAAAAUACAAAAAUUACAAAUGUUAAUACAAUUUCAGGCAAAGUAAACAACAGAGUUGUGCAGCUGAUCAGCUUGAUGAAAGGUCAGAAGACAGAAAGCUGUCAAUUCUCAGUUAAAAGUUUGAUCACUUUGCAUACAAACUUUGUUUUUCUUCUACUGUAAAUUGAUUAUGUGCUUUUUAUUUUUUUGCCUCUUUUCACCAAAUAUUGAUGGUGUUUUGGUGUCUCUGCAGUUCAAUGUUUUAAUUACUUAUAAAAGUGACUGCAUAUCAGCUGAAGUUUCCUAGAAAUAUGUUAGAUUUUACAAAUUCUACCUUUCAUAACUCUUGUUUUCAUUUGUUUUUGUAAUUAAAAGAAAUGUGAACUGAC